AUGCAUGGAAUACAAUUUUGUCUAAUUUUUACUUUAAUGUUUGUUAAAUUACUAAAAUGCUCUGAUAACCGUAACCGUCUUAUUGUAAAUGGUGAAUACGCGAAAAUAGAAAACUUCCCACAUAGUGUUUUUUUAUACAUGGAUUGUAUUAAGAAAUGGAGAUGCGGAUCGUCGAUUUUAAACCAAAAAAUACUUUUAACUGCUGCCCACUGUUUGGAAUUUUGUGGUAGUGAUGGAAAAAUAUACGCUUUUGCAGGUCACGAAAAUAUAAAUAAGGUAAAUAUAUAA